AUGCCUGGCGCAAAUUGCGCUUUUUAUGGUUGUUCGACGAGCAGAAGCCACAAACUUUCGCUGUUCAAAAUCCCAACAAUUGGCGCGGCAGAUACUGAUUACACAAAGUCUGUGAAGAGAAAAACCCGUGAAGAAUGGCUUCGUUUAAUACAAAGAACGAGAGUUUUGACGCCAGAAUUAAAAGCCAGAAUAGAGGCGAAUAACAUUUACAUCUGUGAGCUACAUUUUAAGGCAGAAUGUAUAUUAGACGGUAAGUUUUUGCCACAUCUGUACGUAUCUUCACUUUAAAAUAUUCAUCAACCAGGAUUUAGCAUACAAGGCGUUGUUAAUUCAGCAUUUUUAAUAUCUGAAAAUUUGCAUAUUAUAUAGGAAAACGAAAGACAUUGGUGGCUGGGAGUAUUCCUACUGAGAAUCUACCUCAAAAAAAGUACGACGCUCCCAAACAAGAACGUCGUGUUCUUGAAAGAAAGCAACUCGAGGUUCCAAAGACGCCGCCAUUACUCGAUAUUAACACCUUUACUGAACAGUUGCAGCGAAAGGAAAUCGAACCGUGGAAAAUUGUGAAGUCAAACAACGAUGAAGUGCGACUGGAAUAUUAUGACGAUGUUCACAGUAUUCCAAAGUAUACAGUUAUUGUAAAUUCGGCGCUGGAAUUCAGUGUAUUUGUCUUCAACUGGUUGGUACCUGACCAGAACUUUGUAUACGUGGAAAACAAGCGUUCGGUCAUACAUGUGGAUAUUGUAGGGCUUUUAAAGUAUAUUGAAAGUUCCAAACUUUGUGAAGGCUUGGAAGAAGAUACUGAUGUUAAGUCUGUUGCUGUUGACCCCACUGAAAAACCAAACCCAACAAUUCAAACCUUGAUUGUCCGGCAUUCUGUUCCUAAAGUUAUUGAUCCUGAAGAACCACAUUUUCAAGUGUCCAUUCGAUACCGCUCAGUUGGUUGUGACACUCUCACUAGCAGUGAACACUCGAAUAGUUCAUGUAAACCUUGUGAAUCUGCCCUGAAGAAGAUGAAGAGGGCGGUCAAAAGGAAAAACAGAGGAUCUGCAUCACCAGCUAAAGCAAAAGCACCAUUAAGUAAGUGUGGACCAAAGAAAUUACAGUCAACAGUUGUUUCAACAAGACUGCAAGUGAAAGAUUUAGAGGAUCGCCUGCAGCAGCUGCAGAAAGAGAUACAACAGCACGGUGUUGGUAUUAGUGAAACUCUCGAGAAGGACAUUCUCACAAUAAUGGGAGGCAAAAAUCUUGAUGCCACACCACACAUGAAGUUUUUUUGGCAGGAGCAAAUCAAGCUUUUGCAAUCAUCCAAAAUGGGUAGAAGAUAUCAUCCCCAAGUCAUCCGAUUUGCUCUAUCUAUACACAGCAAAUCUCCAUCUGCUUAUAGGGAAAUACGAGACAGUGGUGCCCUUGUUCUUCCUAGCGAACGAGUUCUUCGGGACUAUAAGAAUUACUUCAAGCCCAAACCUGGGAUCAAUAAAGAGAAUGUCGAAAGUCUACGUGAGAAAACAACAUCUUUUACUUCAGUACAACGAUAUGUUGCCGUUGUCAUGGACGAGAUGAAAAUACAAUCGAGUCUUGUGUUUGACAAAGUUUCUGGAGAUCUUAUUGGUUUCAUCGAUCUGGGAGAUCCUAUGACAACCUUUGCUUGCCUUA